AUCUUGCUUGUGUCUUUGCCGUCUGCUGACCGGUCCAGCAUGGCGGCCCUUUUUCUUGCUCCCGAGCAGUCAACGCGGGGUCUGCUUUUUGUUAUGUCUAUGAUAUGUCACCUUAAGGCAAUAAUAUAUUCUUGUCCAACGCUGACCUCUGUCGAAAUGGGGUGGUAAUGACACCCUGCACUGACAUCUCUGCGUCCACCGUUGCUAGGUUAUUUUCCCAGAAAGACCAAGCCCAUAGAGGUCUCGCUUAUUGCAUUUGCCAUUUUUUAAACAUCAGUCUCUGCUACCUAAAUGUUAACUGCAGAAUGUUUCUGUUCGUAGUCUAAUACAGGACUUUAAUUUGAAGAAAAGACGUUCUUUUUGUUAGCGCGUAGAUUCACGACUCUCGGGGUUACUUUACUGCACAUUAGCUUGUUAGCAUUUAAAACAUUUAAAUUAAGAUAAAAGCUAACGCGGUUGUGUGUGUGGUGAUGUUGUUCCACCGGUGUGCAUGUGGUUCAGAACUAGUUGUGAGAUUUGUGCACCAGUGACAGGACUGUGGGUGAUGUGGAGCCUGGAGGCCGGGGAGGACUGAGCAGCAGCAGCCUGCUAACAGAGGAGCAGAGCCCGGCUAACUGAUGCUGAUGACUGGCUCUUUUAACCACAUUGGUUUUCAGUGGGAGGCACCAUGGCCAGUAAGGUGAAGUGGGUGACGGACAUUGAAAAAUCAGUGCUAAUCAACAACUUUGAGAAAAGGGAAUGGACUCAGGUCACUGAGAACGAGGACUGGAAUUUUUACUGGAUGAGCAUCCAAACCAUCCGGAAUGUGUUCAGCGUGGACACUGGCUACCGCCUCUCAGAUGAUCAGAUGGUUAACCACUUCCCCAACCACUAUGAGUUGACCAGGAAGGAUCUGAUGAUCAAGAACAUUAAACGCUACAGGAAGGACCUAGAGAAGGAAGGAAACCCGCUGGCAGAGAAAGACGAGAACGGAAAAUACAUAUAUUUAGAUUUUGUCCCUGUGACGUUUAUGCUCCCGGCCGAUUAUAACUUAUUCGUAGAGGAAUUUCGUAAGAACCCGUCCAGCACUUGGAUCAUGAAGCCCUGUGGGAAGGCUCAGGGCAAAGGCAUCUUCCUCAUCAACAAACUGUCCCAGAUCAAGAAAUGGUCCAGAGACAGUCGCACCUCCACGUUUAUGGCGGCCUCUAGUGGCAAAGAGGCGUACGUCAUCUCCCUUUACAUUGACAAUCCUCUUUUGAUAGGAGGUAAAAAGUUUGACCUGCGCCUCUACGUCUUAGUGACCACCUAUCGGCCUUUGAAAUGCUACAUGUACAAGCUUGGCUUCUGUCGGUUCUGCACAGUGAAGUACACGCCCAGCACAAGUGAACUGGAUAACAUGUUUGUACAUCUCACUAAUGUGGCCAUCCAAAAACAUGGCGAUGAUUACAAUCACGUACAUGGAGGCAAGUGGACGGUCAGUAACCUCCGUCUGUACCUUGAGAGCACCAGAGGGAAGGAGGUGACCAACCGACUCUUUGACCAGAUCCACUGGAUUGUGGUGCAGUCGUUAAAAGCUGUGGCUCCUGUGAUGAACAAUGACAAGCACUGCUUUGAAUGUUAUGGCUACGACAUCAUUAUCGACGACAAGCUGAAGCCCUGGCUCAUUGAGGUCAAUGCCUCUCCCUCACUGACCUCCAGCACGGCAAAUGAUCGGAUAUUGAAGUACAACCUCAUUAAUGACACCCUCAACAUAGUAAUGCCCAAUGGCGACAUCCCCGACUGCCGCUGGAAUCGCAGUCCACCCUGGGAAGCACUGGGAAACUAUCAAGUCCUGUAUGAUGAAGAGCAGGCACUGAGCGAGAGUUCCGAGCGUGACCUCAGGAGUCGCUCAGGUCAGUCUCUUGGCUCAAAGGGCAAUAAAGGAAGUGCAGGCGUUCGGCCCACAGCUGCCACCUGGAAGUAACGGAGAUAUAAAUAAACUCUUAUAUUAUAGUUGGGUGGGGCAACAGGGCAGUCAGGAUAAAAAAAGGACCAACCAAACUCUUUUUCAAAUUAUGGAAAUCCACCCUGUCUCCAUGUUUAAUGGACUGAGACACAUGGACAACAACUUGACUGUUAGUGGUAAAACAAACCAACAAUGAAGUCGUACUGUAAAUGUUAGACUUUACUGCUGUUUUUGUUCAUUUAUAAACAGAAAUGUACAGAAAUGAAGAUCCUUUGGACAGAUCUGAGGCUUGUGACAAGUCCAGGGUUCUCUACUCUACUGACCAUGUUUAUUUUUCUUCACAAAAAACAGCCUAAAACCACUUUGGAUUUCAGAAGAAAAGGUCAGGUUUCUUUGUUUUUCCAGUUGGACAAGUUGAAUCAAAAUGAGAAUUGAAAUGAAAAUUGUCAAAU